AUGGCUUCAUUGGCGCUGCAGAGAGAGAACCAUUUGCAAGCUUUCUUACAGGAUCGAACUCCUAGCACUUCCCCAGACACAGGAACGAUUCCUUCAUUGUCAUUUGUUGCUUCCACCUGUGGUCCAGUCGUAACAGCCAGACAUAAUCCACCGGAAUAUCCACAGCCCUCGUACGACGCAGGAAUGUUUCAGAUUUGGAGUAAUGACAUUCCUCCCAACACAGGAAUGGGUACUCAUUCAGUUGCUUUUGGUGUUCCUAAAGUGCAGUACCCUGGUCACAUGCAGUCUGUAGGAUCACAUGAUUUACCGCUAACCCCUCCAGCAGACCCCACUGCUUACACUUUUGAUUUAUCUCCUGUGAAAAUGUUGGCUCCACAAGUGCAGACCAACACUGCAUAUCAUUUCCAGGACCAAAAUUCCAUGGCUCAAGACUUUUCAGGUUUUAUGCAGGGUCCUACCACUUUGACUCAAAGGCAUUUGGGGUCCAGACACAUGGAUGAACAAACAUGGUGGAGUUUGCAACAGACCAAUCCUAAUAAUCUUCAUUCCUUCCAUUUGACAAGCCCGUUGGUCGUUGGACCACAACCUCAACUUGCAGCACUACUCCAGAGUACCUCCAAAACCCUCCUUAGCACAACCCGGCGUUGCAGGAGAUGUAAGUGUCCAAACUGUCAGGCUUCUCCAGGCAAUGAGGAACCAGGAAAAAAGAAACUCCAUGUCUGUCAUCUUCCUGGUUGUGGAAAAGUUUAUGGGAAAACGUCGCACCUUAAGGCGCAUUUACGUUGGCAUGCUGGCGAGAGACCUUUCAUAUGCAACUGGAUGUUCUGUGGCAAAAGUUUCACCAGAUCAGAUGAAUUGCAGAGGCAUCUUAGGACACAUACUGGAGAAAAGCGUUUUGGUUGCCAGGAGUGUGGGAAGAGAUUUAUGAGGAGUGAUCACCUUUCAAAACAUACAAAAACACAUCAAAGCAAAAAACCAAAGUCUGGUGGGCCUACGCUGGAUAACAUUAAAAAGGAGUGA